AAUAUGGCGGAGUUAGGAGAAGAAGCUCCAGAAAUACAGAGAAAAGUCAUCCCAGUCAACGGUAUUCCGACUGUUAUUUCUACUCUACUACCAAGAGAUACCUGCCCGAAGGUUUCUGUGGUUAUCAUCCCCGGUAACCCGGGAUUAGUGGAGUAUUAUGACCUUUUCAUACAAGGUUUAUUUGAAGCAAGCAAGAAGACUUUGGCUAUCUAUGGGAUUUCACAUGCCGGCCAUUCACCAAUAUUAGCAGAAUACACAAAAUGCCACGAAGAAGAAGCAGAAAUAGAAGAAGAAGAAAAGGACCCUGUAGAUCAUUCACAGUCUUGUGCCAUUACUACUGGAACCUACUCACUUAGAGAACAAAUUGUCCACAAGAGAGUUUUUCUAGAACAGCACAUCCCAAAAAAUACAAAAAUAAUUCUGAUUGGUCACUCCAUAGGCGCCUACAUUAUCCUCRAUCUCUUAAGAGAAUGUGAAAGAGAAAAAGAUAUCAUCAAAUCUAUUUUAUUAUUUCCGACGAUUGAAAGAAUGGCAGCAUCACCUAAUGGACGGUAUGUUACUCCUCUGGUCAAUUAUUUCAAAUGGUUUGCUGUGUCGACAGUUUCUCUUGUCUCAUAUUUCCCACAAUCCUUUGUGAAGUUCUUGGUUCAGUGGUGGUUUAAUGGGCGUAAUGUUCAAGAUGGGGUCGUGGAUACCACCAUACGAUUAAUUAACUCUGAAGCAAGUAGUAAUUCGCUAGAGAUGGCACGUUGUGAAAUGGCUGAAGUCACAGAUCUUGAUGAAGAGGUCAUAUCCAAACAUUUGAAUCAACUCAUAUUUUACUAUGGAGCAACAGAUCAAUGGGCUCCUGUCUCGUAUUAUGAAGACUUGAAGAAGAAAUUCCCUGAGGGUGAAAUCUACCUGUGCGAUAAGGGUAUUGAGCAUGCGUUUGUACUAACGUCAUCUGGAGUAGUAGCUGAAAUGGUGUGGGGAUGGAUUGACAAACUGUCAAUCUAAUUAUGUGGUAAUUGCAAAAAAAACAAGAUGACCCACAAAAUUAUCAUAGGUAGGUUAUUUGUGUGUAUCGGUGCUAGUGUGACAUAGUGUGAUUAAGGUCUUAUCGUUUUUUUUUAAUUAAAGACUUCUUGCAGAUUACAUCAUAUAAGUGGGGAAAAGAAUAUUGUUUACCGCAACUAUGAAAACCCAACAUCCAUUGUUAUAAAAAAAUGUAAUUAUACAUAUCGAAAAAUAGUCCUCAAAUGAGUAUUCAGCAAAAAAUCAUAUUUCAGUGUGGUAGAAUUGGCACAAUGCAGUGUUAUUCAUAGUCAAAAUUUCACUUAACAAUCAAUUUGUCAUAUAAAUCAUAUUUGAAUCAGAGUAAAACUAUAUUGAUAUUAGAAGACUGGAUUAUUAUUCAUGAUUAAUAAGAUUAUCAAUUUAUGACCAUCAUAAUGUCAAUACUUAGAUCUUAUUAACCG